GGCAGAGGGGUUAUGGUAACUGGUGCACUGAGGACGUGAUGCAGUAAAAACUCAAAUGCUACUUCAAGUUAAUUUCUUAUGGGACCAGCUAGAAAAGGACUCUUGCAUUUUAGGAAUACAAGCUGUAGAACAUGUCUAGCAGGGCUAAGUCUGGAUGUCAUCAGAAGAGACAAGAAAUUAUAAUUAAAUUUACCUAUUUUGAUAUCUGUUAAACUGCUUACUGGGAUAAGAUGCUUUUAAAUGAACUAUUUGUGUUGCUAAUGGCAUGACACCACGUACUGGAUGAGUUUAGGAGGAUGUAGCUGUAAUGUGUCUCAUGGUUCUAGGGGAGCUCAAAGUGCAGUGACUGAGCCUGGUGAUGUCCGCCUUGCUGACACCAUUUUGGGGGUGACACAGAGAAGUUAAGCAGCUUGGAAGAGUCUCAUAGCUGUGGAGCGGAGGAGUGCAUUGAGCCUGAGUUGUGAACGCCCACCGGUUGGCUGCAGUAUGCCUGCCAGUCUGCGGAAAACCAAGCCAUCCCGCCCUGGCACGUCUGGAUUCUACGUCCCGCAGCGGCGGUGCGCACAGCUGAGGGGAGUCUGGUCCUGAGUCAGGUGUCUCUCUCAUCGGGCUGCAGAGCAAUAAGGGCACCUAGGGGGACUGAUCGCGACGCCAGACCCAAGAAUCCUACAGCGAGAAGGGGCUCCAGCUCACGCUCCGCCGCAGGGGGGCGCCCCUGGCCGGCUGCUGCUAGGCUAUCGGUCCCCGCCACAGGGCGCGUCGCUGGCAAGAUGAUGUCGCUGUCCGGCGGGGAGCGCCCUGCGGGGCCAGGUACCCGCCUGUCCUGGCUGCUAUGCUGCAGCGCCCUGCUGUCCCCAGCAGCCGGCUACGUGAUCGUGAGCUCCGUGUCCUGGGCUGUCACCAAUGAGGUAGACGAGGAGCUGGACAGCGCGUCCACCGAGGAGGCACUGCCCGCGCUGCUGGAGGACUCGGGCAGCAUCUGGCAGCAGAGCUUCCCGGCCUCGGCUCACAAGGAGGACACGCACCUGCGGCCUCGGGGUUCCGCCCGCGCCAGGCCCGCACCAGUCCCGCGUGGAAUGUUCUCCUAUCGGCGGGAGAGCGGCUCACCCGCAGCAUCCCCCGGCCCUAGGGUGCGUGCCAGCACCGCCCGCUCCCUGGUCCACGCCAGCUCCUGGGGUUGUCUGGCCACCGCAUCCACCCACGAAAAGAUCCAAGGACUGCCCUUUGGGAGCUGCCUGGCCAUCAGCGAUGGCCCGUUUCACAACAGCACGGGGACUCCUUUCUUCUACAUGACAGCCAAGGACCCUGUGGUGGCUGACCUGGUGAAGAACCCCAUAGCCUCAUUGAUGCUGCCGGAAUCCGAAGGAGACUUUUGCAGAAAAAACAUCGUCGACCCAGAAGACCCCCGAUGUGCCCGGUUAACGCUCACUGGCCGGAUGAUCGUGGUGCCGCCAGGGGAGGUAGAAUUUGCCAAACAAGCCAUGUUUUCAAGGCAUCCAGGGAUGAGGAAGUGGCCCCGCCAGUACGAAUGGUUCUUCAUGAAGAUGUGGGUAGAACACAUCUGGCUUCAGAAAUGGUAUGGAGGUGUCUCCGACAUCCCAAGGGAGGAAUACUUCAAAGCAGCUCCCAGAAAGGCCUGACAGUAACGCAAAAGUCCUGGGCUUUGAGUUAAAAUGAAGAUCUUUGAAGUGAAGAAGCCAGACAGUCUCUGGCUGCUGUCUCUUUGUUGAAGGGUGCCUAGCUGCCCUGUCAUCCUGCAGCAGGAGCAGAGAGGAUGAACAGGGAACCUUGGGCUAGACUUCAGAUUCGUUGGAGUGGUCCUUUGCGGAUCUACCCUUCACAUAGAAAGAUUUUGUCUACACUAUGCUCAACCCAGACACACCCAUUCAGAAAUCAUGGUUGUCAAAUUGGAAGUGGUGGUUGCUGUUCUUUUCUUUCAAAAACAAAUAAUGAUGCGUAUGUACUGUGUUAUUGCCUUGUAUCACGAGAGCAUUGUGUUGCUUGCUAUCUUUAAGCAGUGCUUUGGUUGGAAGCUCAUUGCAUUAAAAGAGUCCAGUGUGCACCACAUUGCAUUGCUGUGGGUUCAGGGCAAGGUGGGAGGCUUUCUGUCUGAAAGUUACUCACUACUAAAUUCCAGAUGGAUUUUCUAAAAUGUACUUGCCACUUAGGGAGCUUUUUCCUCCACUGUAGUUAUAACAGGUGGAGUAAGAACAUGCAGUUUUGUACACUGCCUGUUCUGGGUGAGCUGACUGUUAGUGAGAAUAGGGUGACUUUGGCACAGAGCUACCAGAUCCCCACUGCUAGCAUUUCCGGUAGACAGUCUCCCUCUGUCAUUCAUGAAAUGUGACAUCCAAAAUAAGAAACCCCUCCUUCUACGUGAGGUAGGAAAGACAGGGGAGAGAGAGCAAAGGCAAUGUGCCCACCUGUCAACAGAAGUCACCUCAGUAAAGCCCUGCCCAGUACAGUGUGUGUCCUCAGUGUCUCUUUCAGACAGGGAGACUGAGCCUCAGAGAGGGCCAGUCAGUCUCCCAAGCUCAGAUACCUGAGUUCGCUGCACAUGGACGGUGACUCCCACGUUUUCCAGUUUUAAACAUGAAAGAGUUACUGACAUGCACAGAUAGUCAUCAAGCUGUGAUUAUAAAGGAGAAUGACUAACUGCCUGGAGAUCAUGUGUCGCUGCUGUGGGUGCCAGAUGUACAGGGGUCACUGCUGGGGUGUCAGGGGUUCAGGGGUCACUGCUGCAGGUGUCAGGAGUGCAGGGGUCACUUCUGGGAGUUUCAGGAGUGCAGGGGUCACUGCUGGGGUGUCAGGGGUUCAGGGGUCACUGCUGGAGGUGUCAGGAGUGCAGGGAUCACUUCUGGGAGUUUCAGGAGUGCAGGGGUCACUUCUGGGAGUUUCAAGAGUGCAGGGGUCACUGCUGGGUUGUCAGGAAUUCAGGGGUCACUGCUAGAGGUGCCAGGGGUUCAGGGGUCACUUCUGAGAGUGUCCGAAGUGCAAGGAUAGGGAGCAUGCUUUAAAGUUUCUCAACAAAUCAUUUACAAGAGUCCCUGGCGUUUGGAAGAUACUAGAUUGAAACUGUUUAUAUAGAUCACGCACACCAGGGCCAGAAAGAACCUGGCAGUACCCAUGUUUUCUAUCUUCCCAUAAUGGCUAGAAACUCUCUUUAGUAGAUCAUGUAUGUGAUAUAACAUAAAAUUACACCACUAGUGCAGGAAAUACACACAUUCUUUUCUGUUGUUUUGGUUUUGGUUUUUCAAGACAGGGUUUCUCUAUGUAGCCUUGGAGUUUGUCCUGAAACUCUCUACAGACCAGGUUGGCCUUGAACUCAGAAUUAAAGGCAUGCACGACCACUGCCUGGUGAAAAUACACACAUUCUUAAAACAAAAUAAUAUUGUCUAACAAGUAAGACACGAACAGAGUUGGUGUUGCCAAAAUAUAUUUACAAGGUUAUUACACUCUUUUUUUUAAUUUGUCUUAAACCAUUUCACAAGAGCUCUCAACAAUCAUUAUUUCUAAAACGUAGCCAUAGGGUGGCUUUGCUAAAGGUAUUUUCUAUUUCUAGAGCUGAAAAUCAUUGCUACUCCCAACCUAGAAGAAGGGGGAGGCUCUGGAAGAACAAAUACAUGCUAACGGCACUCCAUAAGUCCAUCUUAGAUAGCAAUCCUCAAAGGGUCACUGUGUCACUGUUUCCCAGUCUGCCUUGCUGCUGUCGUUUUGUUAGCCUGUAUGAUCAGGUUCCUUUUAUGGAAGGUGCCUCAAAGACUUUGGGGAGCAGAUUCCACUUAGAAACACCAAAGAUUGUUAUCAGCUACUAAUAAAAAUGACGAGAAAUGAGAUCUGAACCGACCAGACAGCAGGAACAAUAUUGAAAGCUCAUGGGCUUGAGACAGAUGAACCCUCUUCAAACAAAUGCAUUUUAGCAAAUCUCCAGGAAUUUACAUUGAGUUAAAAUUGGUAAGACUGAAUUAGAAGCUUUAGAAAUAGCAGUAAGGCAAGAAACGUUGAAUGCAUAGAAAUUGGAAAGAAAGACAUUAUUAUUUACACAGAAAACACCAAAUAAUCUACUUUUAUGAAGUCAACAAGCUUGAAUUGGAGAAGUGACUCAGAGGUUAAGGCUGCUCUUCCUGAAGUCAUGAGUUCAAUUCCCAGCAACCACAUGGUGGCUCACAACCAUCUAUAAUGAGUUCUGGUGCCCCCUUCUGUCAUGCAAGCAGAUCACUGUAUACAUAAUAAGUAAAUAAAAUCUUUAAAAAAAAAAAAGGAAAAAGUCAACAAGCCUAAAGGCACAGAAAGGUCUCAGGAUACAAGACCAGCACACAAAAUUUAAUCAAAUUUUAAUCAAAUUUCCAUGUGCUAAAAGCAGACAAAAUUAAAAGUAUGAUAGCAUAUAUAGCCACUCCAAAGAAAGUUAAAUACUUGGGGUAUAAAGUUAAACUAUUUGUAGAGUCUGUAUGAUGAAAAGAAAAUUUUAAUGCUAACAAAAAUAACCAAAGACUUAAAUAAGUAAGAUGUGCCAUAUUCAUGGAUUAGAAGACACAAAAUACGGUUCAGGUCAAUUCUUCUAAACUGGGUUCUAGACUUAAUGCAGUUUCUACAAAAUCCCCAGCAAGAUUUUAGUAAACAUAUGUAAACUUACUACGAAAGUUAUGUUCUAGAAUAGGAGUAUAGCUCAGUGGCAUAGCAUUUGCCUAGAAUACACAAAGCCCUGUGUUUAAUCCCAAGCACCACAUACACAAAGAAAUAGCUAUAUAAUCCAAGGUUUGUAGUCUUUGGAGAAGCUUUAAAAACUCUUUUUAAAAAGGGACAAGUAGGAGAAAUUAUUUGAAUCAGUGGGAAGACACAUUGUAUACCAAUGGUAUUCAAAGCAGUUUGUUACUAACAGAAUCAUGGACACAUGGCUCCAUGAGACUGAACAGAGAAUCUAGAAACUGAUCGAGUGUGCUGAACUGAAUUUGUUUUUACAACAGUAUCAAGGUUUAACAUGGGAGGACAGCCUUUAACAAACGUGAUGGACACCCAUAGUGAACUCCCUCCCUCCCCCUCUUUCCCUCUCUCCCUUUCUCUCCUCUCUCCCUCUGUCUAUCUGUCUUUGCCUCUCUGUCUCUGUGUCUGUCUCUCUGUCUCUCUGUAUCUCUCUCUCUGCCCCCCUCUCUCUUUCCUGGAAUCAGCUAGACAUCCUUUAAUUUGGUGGCUGGUAAGACAAAUAGCAGUAUGUCUAUGCUAUAGAAUACUACUCAGCCAUAUAAAGGAGCUAAUUAUUGACACAAACAGCAGCUUGAGAAAUCUACAGAAAAUUAUUCAGUAGUUUUCAGGAAGGGGGCACAGAAUGAGACAGGCGAACGCAACUAUAAGUGAAUAACAACCGAUUCUUGUGGUGAUGAAGUAUCCAUAUCUUGAACGAAAUCGAAUAGUAAACUGGGGAAAGUGGGUAAAAAGAACAUGGGACCUCUUUGUAUUAUUUCUUAAAACUGCAUCUGAAUCUUUAAUUGUCUACCACUAUCUCCGCAUCUACAAUUGCCUCAGAGGAAGUAUUUCAUGGAAAAACUCGCUUAAGUUUUUUUAUACCGCCUUACUUGCGAGUCCCUAACAAAAUGAAGAUCUGCAUAUCAAAAUCUAGCAGGAAGGAGACAUUUCUUUUGGUGAUCACUAACAUAUACAUUUGUGGAAACCAUAUAACCCUUCUUUUAAGAGUUUUUUUUAGUGUAUUUAAUUUAGUACUGAACACAAAUUACUAAGAACCCGAUGGGGCUCGGGGUACAGCCCAACAGGGCACUUGUUGAGCAUGAAGCAUGACUCCAGCGCCAUGAAAGGAAAACAGGAUGGAUGUGCCUUGCAGAUUUUCUGUGGGACACGUAGGUGAAAUGAAUGUCUUCAGGUUUCUGAUGUACACAUGUUGAGUAAGUGGUAAGUGUAUAUAAGUAAUUGGGUUUGUAAAUAAGGUUUUCUCACUGUGUUACCAGUAAUCGCUAGCUUUCUGGUAAUGAGACAUCUAAAGUAAACACAGACCCUCUGUGUAUUUGUCAUGGCCUCCCACGACCAUGAAGCUAGUCCACUGUGAAAUUCUGCUGCUGCCGGUGUCCACAUACCGUGGUGUAUAUUGACUCUUGGUAACUAUAUUGCUUUAGGAUUGAAAUGUGUCCCUGAAAUUUUCCCCCAAAGUCUUGUAUUUCAUUUUUAAUAACAUAGCUGUCACGAGUGCAAUGUUUAUUGGUGAUAAACUUCUCCGGAAUAA